UUUAGUCUAUGACAAGGUCAGAGGGCAAUCUGUCCAGGUAUGAGGGACCAGACAGGCUCUUCCACAUUAGCCACCAGCCUUCCUUUCUGGAGGGCCGUGGCGAUCUGGCUUGUUGCCCCUACUGCCCAAGUGGGGAAACUGAGCUCCGAGGAGGUCUUGCUCUGCCGCCCCGCCCUCCUCGUCCCCUCAGCCUCCUCCCCACCCAAGAUCCUCCGUCUCAACCUCCGUUCUUUCAUUCUCACCGGAAUCUUUUCUGACACGCUCCGCCCCCCAGAGCAGCCGAGGCCCCGCCCCGGAUUACGCUAAUGACUCGCGGCGAGGCCCCGCCCCACGGGGCUAUGCAAAUAAGGCGCCUGGAGGCCCCGCCCCCCGGGCGGCCGCGGAGUCUGCGCGGCGCGGGCGGACGGGCCCUCGGCGUCUCCGCGUCCGCGUCCGCCCGCUGGGUCGGCUGUCUGUCCGUCCGUCCCGCCGCGCCGGGGCUGUCCAGGCGGAGUCGGGGCUCCGCGGCGGCAGCCUCGAUCCGAGCAAGCUGCGUGGAUGGGGCACUGGACCCAGAGUGCCUGCCCUCACUUGCCCGGGCCUCAGGUUGCACGUCUGUGCAAUGGGGGUGACCAUCCCUGUCCUGCUGGCCGCCAGGAGCGGCUGUGAGUCUGUGGGUGUGGCGGCAGUGGCCUGUGGGAAGCCAUAGGGCCCUUUCACAGGCCGGGCCCUGGUGGCCCCACUCCCUCACGCCUCCGCAGGCCCGGCCUUCGCCAUGGCGGGAGGGAGACCGCAGCUGAAGAGGAGUUUCUCCAUCAUUCCCUGCUUCGUCUUCGUGGAGUCGGUGUUGCUGGGCGUCGUGGUCCUGCUGGCUUACCGUCUGGAGUUCACUGACACCUUCCCCGUGCACACCCAGGGCUUCUUCUGUUAUGACAGUACCUACGCCAAGCCCUACCCCGGGCCUGAGGCUGCCAGCCGAGCGCCUCCCGCACUCAUCUACGCCCUGGUCACGGCGGGGCCCACCCUCACGAUCCUGCUGGGGGAGCUGGCCCGUGCCUUUUUCCCUGCGCCACCUUCCAGUGUCCCCAUCAUCGGGGAGAGCACCAUCGUGUCCGGGGCCUGCUGCCGCUUCAGCCCCCCGCUGCGGAGGCUGGUCCGCUUUCUGGGGGUCUACUCCUUCGGCCUCUUCACCACGACCAUCUUCGCCAACGCGGGGCAGGUGGUGACCGGCAACCCCACGCCGCACUUCCUGUCCGUGUGCCGCCCGAACUACACGGCCCUGGGCUGCCCGCCGCCCUCACCCGACCGCCCGGGGCCCGACCGCUUCGUCACAGACCAGGGUGCCUGCGCCGGCAGCCCCAGCCUGGUGGCCGCUGCACGCCGCGCCUUCCCCUGCAAGGACGCGGCCCUUUGCGCCUACGCGGUCACCUACACGGCGAUGUACGUGACUCUCGUGUUCCGCGUGAAGGGCUCGCGCCUGGUCAAACCCUCACUCUGCCUGGCCCUGCUGUGCCCUGCCUUCCUGGUGGGCGUGGUCCGCGUGGCCGAGUACCGCAACCACUGGUCCGACGUGCUGGCCGGCUUUCUGACCGGGGCGGCCAUCGCCACCUUUCUGGUCACUUGCGUCGUGCACAACUUCCAGAGCCGGCCACCCUCUGGCCGAAGGCUCUCCCCCUGGGAGGACCUGGGCCAAGCCCCCACCAUGGACAACCCCCUCGAAAAGUUAAGUGUAGCCCAGGAACCCGAGGCCUGCAGGCCGCAUUCGACACCGGCACGGCUCACCCCAUCCAAGCCGCAGAACUGCGCCCGCCGUGGCCACCUGAUCCCCAGCUGCGUGUCCUCCAGGGCUCCAGCCAUGUGUUCGUCGCCCCGUGUGCCCCGCCCUCGAUUGAGGUCUGAGCCCACACCCCUGCCGCUGCCCCUGCCACUGCCCGCGCCCACCCCCAGCCAGGGCCCCUCACCCUCCUCCCCUGGGCCUGGGGGGCCAGGUGGGGGUGGUGGACGUGGCCGGAAGCUGCUGCUGCCCACACCCCUCCUGCGGGACCUGUACACCCUUAGUGGACUCUAUCCGUCCCCCUUCCACCGGGACAACUUCAGCCCAUACCUGUUCGCCAGCCGCGACCACCUGCUGUGAGGCCCGACCGCCCACCCAGAAUCUGCCCGGCCCCAUUUCUUCCCUGCCACACGUGUGUGUGCGUGUGCCGUGUGAGUGCCAAAGCCCUCUGUCCCCAAACCAGCCAGGCCCAGACAUAAGAGGAUGGUUGGCAGGACACCUGGGGGACCCCCUGCCUCUCUUGCCCCCUGGGACACCCAAGUGGGCAUAACUGGAAGGUGGGCCCUUGCCCCUAGGAUUGCCCUUUUAAAGUCCAAAGCCUGACCCCAUUGGCCAUCGCCCAGCCAAUGGGAGCCCCCAGUUCUCAGAAUCCUAACCAAAAGGAGUUUAUUGCAGCCAAUGGGAGCCUCCCUCUCACUUCUUAGAAUCCUCAGGCAAGAGGGCAACUCCAGCCAGUGUUGGGCAUCUGAACAUCCAAUAGGAGUCGUUGGUUUUCAGAAUUUUUAGGGUGGGUGGGUAUGAUUCCAGUCAAUGGGGGACCGCCCAUGUCUAAGCCUGUGCAAAGGAGAGUAGGGAGAUGGGUCAUCCUUUGUCAUCUCAUCCUCUCUCCUCAGCAUCAGAGAGUCCAGCCAGAGGGUGGGGGGCAGGCUCCCCCGUGGCAGGGACCUCGGGGCACCCCUCUCCCCCAGCUCCUCCCCGACAUGCACCCUCUUCCCCCGUCCCUCCUAACUCCCUACUUAGGCAGGGCUUGCCCCACUUCAAAGGUUUUGGGGUUCAGGGUGCUGUGUCUCUUCUUGCCUGUGCCCAAGUCCCCCCAAACCCUUCUAUUAUUUAUUAUGGCUGUGGGAAAGGACUUUUUUUUCUUGGAACCCCCCGUGCUCUUCACACUGCUCCCCCGUGCCUCAGCCUCCUGCUGAUGUGCCAUCCCAGGGGGCAUGGGGGGGGGGCAGAGAGGGCUCCCUCACCGCAGGUGGCCAAAGGCAGUGGGCAGCAGAGACACUGCCCCCCCUUCCUGCCCUCUCCUCCUCUUUAAUAAAGACCUGUUUGUAACAGAA